AUGUCGACCCAAUCGCAUGCCUGCUGCACAGUCCCGCCUGUCGUGGCCGACGGCUACAAAGAGAAGGGCGAAUGGACGACUAUCCAAGGAAUGAGUACGUGGAAUCCAGCAAGCUGCUGUCAAAGGUGACCCAAGCAAGUAUCACCGCUAACGAUCCGUCCUCAUUGCAGAGACGUAUGCCACCGGCCCUAAGGACGCAAAGACUGCCAUUCUCGUCGUCUACGACAUCUUUGGUUAGUAUAAAGGAACGCAUUAAGAUUGUCACGUUCUUCGCCAUGCUGAUCAUCUGGCUUCGGUAGGCUUCUUCCCGCAGACACUCCAGGGAGCUGAUAUCCUCGCACAUAGCGACAAGGAGCAUCAGUACCAGGUCUUCAUGCCAGGUGAGUUAUAAACAGAGCUCCUAGCAACUCGGCCCUGCUAACCAAGGACUUAGACUUCUUUGACGGCAAGCCGGCAGACAUCUCUUGGUACCCACCAGACACCGACGAGAAGGGAAAGAAGCUCGGCGAGUUCUUCCAGGUAUGCUCGGGCAGAACACCAGGAUCGUGCAUAGCAUUCCAACUACAACGCUGACCGGGUGAAACAGACCAAGGCGACACCACCAAAGACCCUCGAGCGCAUUCCAAAGGUUCUGGACGAGAUCCAGAGCCAGCGUUCUUCCAUCCAGCAGUGGGGGAUUGUGGGCUACUGCUGGGGCGGCAAGAUCGUCAAUCUUUCCUCCCAGCAGGGUACCCGUUUCAAGGCUGCGGCUUCCUGCCACCCAGCGAUGGUUGACGCGAACGACGCCCCGGGCAUCUCCAUCCCAUUCGCCAUGCUUCCCAGCAAGGACGAGCCGAAGGAGGAUGUUGAGAAGUGGCAGCAGGCUGUCAAGACCAAGAACAUUGUCCAGUGGUGGCCAAAUCAAGUUCAUGGCUUCAUGGCUGCUCGCGCAGACUUGAAGGACCCAGCUGUGGAGGCCGACUACAAGAAGGCUUACGAGCUGCUCUUGAACUUCUUCCACGAGAACUUGUGA